AUGGCCACACCGAAGAAGCUUGCGAAAUUAAUUGUAAAGUCGGAUGAAACGCCUGCCGAAAACAUUCAAGGUUAUGUGCACGAGGUGUCCCCAUUGAAGACUUCCAAAAAUAACAACAAGUAUUUUAAUGCCAAGUUCCAGGAUAAUGAGUCUUUUUUGGACAUGGUGUGUUAUCGCAGCGAUUUGCUAGAGCAAAUGAAAGAACUAGAGAAGAACAGAACACCAGUGAUGCUACAAAAAAUCGGCAAAGCCAUAAGUCUCACCAAACCAGGAAAAUUUGAUGUCAAAAUAUUGAAGGACACUAGGAUUGCUCCCUGCAAGAAAUUGGAUUUUAGAUUUGAGAACCCACCGGAGUCGGAGGUAACCAGCAUUGCAGACAUAAAAGAUCAUGUCUUGGAAUAUGCCAAGGUGACUGUUGCAGCGAAAGUCCUAGAAGUCGGAGACAUUGAUAACCAGAUAACAAGUUCAGGAAAAUCAUUGAAGAAAAGGGAAUCUAUCAUAGCUGACAACAGUGGGGCCAUGGGGCUUACCAUAUGGGAGGAACAGAUAUCACUUGUUGAACCUGGUAAAUCAUACAAAUUCAAGAAUUUAACGCUGAGAAUCUGGAAUGAGAAGAAAAAGGUGUCCACGGCCAUAAAUUCUAGCAUCGAGGAAGUUGAAAACAUCGAAGCAGUAAACGACCAUGGAUAUGAAGACAUCACGAUAAAAAAGGAAAAAAACCAGCUUUUCAUUUUGUCAGCUUCAUGCAGCAAGGUGAGGAAGUGUACUAUUUGCAAUAGUACAAUACAAAACAUUAAUGAAGAAGUGAAAACAUUCAAAUGCACUAUCUGCAAUAUGCGGCAAAACAUUUCAAGCAUACAUAAAUUCUUAGAGUGCGAAAUAGUUGGGAUGCUGGACGGGAAACAAAGGAGACUCCAAAUACCAAAUCAAACACUGAAAUCGUUCUCCCCAACUCAAACCAUGGAAGAUUCUGAUGAAAUCGAAGAUGCGUUUUUAUCCAUGAAAGAAUUGGAAGUAGUUGUGUCAGGAACAAGUGUUGUUAACAUUUACAUUCCAACUCCUGCAAAGAAUGCAGUGUAAAAUUGUGUCUGAACACGAAAAACCUGUUGAUUUUUUUCCCAGAGUUGUAUAAUCCAAAGAAGGAUAUACAUGUAUUGCAUUUUAUUACUGCUUAUUUUACAGUUGUUAACUUUUAUGUGACUUUUUUUUUUUUUAUUCUGAAGUACUAUUUUGUGCACACUGACUUUGAUGAUCACUA